GUCUGCUACCAGCUAUCCAUGAGUUCUUGCAAAGCGGCCCAAUCUCGCUUUUUGCAGUAUUCCAGUUAUAUUCUUAUGCCCCAGGGUCGUGUGUGAUCCUUCUCUCUCCCGGGAAGCCCGGAAAUCUCCAAGCUAAGCACCACGUACCUUGCGAUGAAGGGCUGGCUCCAGACACUGUGUCUAUCAGCUCUGCUGGUAGGACGCGCACUUGCGAACGAAGUUGAAUUGAAACAGGAUGACGCUCAUCGUCAACGAUGUUCGGGGAUGUACAGUCGGAAGGCAUGGGCAGGGAAGGUCGACCCAUUCAUCUUGGUCAGAUUUUCUCAAGAGACAGUAACCGGAGAUGAUGAUCCUCUUGCCAGUCUCAUUAUAUUUGAGUGGGAAGAUGAACCUCUGAUCGGUAUACCCCGGUCGGAUGAUCCAGAGAUCAAGGAUACCAUUUGCGAUGACGCGAGCAUUGAGCAGAAACUGUGCACAGAAGAGCAGCUGGGGUCAUUCAUCCUUGUUCCGAACGCAACCGAGCGAGCCCUAAAUCCCAUUAUAUCGGAUACGAUACACCUGAAGGACCCAGUCAAUAUCGAUUAUCCAAUAAAGAAAACCGGGUUUUACUGCGUGAGCACUUUUGCCUUUUCUGGUCAUGAUUAUCAAGCCAUCGUCGAGUUUCGAAAUGCGUAUGGUGAACUUCCGGCCGCACAGAUAGCAAAAUUGCCAUUUUAUGGAGGUCUGACGAUAGUUUACGCGGUGAUCGGAUUGUUCUGGGCAUUCCUAUACGUGCAGAAUCGUCACGACAUCUUGCCGGUUCAGAAUUAUAUAACUGCGAUUCUUGUCUUCCUAAUAGUGGAGCAAUUGAUGACAUGGGGCUUUUAUGAUUACCAAAACCGCCACGGUUUGAAUGCCGGCGCCAAGGUUCUUAUGGUCAUUGAUGCAGUUCUAAAUGCGGGACGCAACUCGUUCUCCUUUUUUCUUCUUCUCAUCGUCUGCAUGGGUUACGGUGUUGUCAAGCCGUCUCUAGGCCGGACGAUGAUCUACGUCCGCAUUCUCGCCAUUGCACAUUUCGUUUUCGGUGUGAUUUAUGCGGUCGCGAGUUUGUCAAUUACUCCAGACACUGCCGGGCCUCUAGUUCUGCUGAUUGUCCUCCCGCUUGCUGGUACCUUGACAGCCUUCUACGUGUGGACCCUGAAUUCGCUGAACAUGACGAUGAAAGAUCUCAUCGACAGGAAGCAAAAGGUAAAGGCCAUGAUGUACAAGAAGUUGUGGUGGUGCAUUUUGGGCAGUAUCAUUGUGAUAUUCGGCUUUUUCUUCAUUAACUCGUUCGCUUUUGCUGGUCGCGGCGACAUCAAUUUUGCACCGGAUCACUGGAAGACUCGGUGGUUUGUUCUGGAUGGCUGGCUCAAUCUUGUGUAUUUGUUCGACAUUUCUUUUGUGGCCUAUUUGUGGAGACCAACAGCCAACAACAGACGAUUCGCGAUGAGUGAAGAGAUUGCGCAAGACGAUGAUGGCUUUGAGAUACGCUCGUUUGGCACAUCUCUUGACGAAGAACGGGGUGGUGAAGGCAAUGCUGGUAAUGAAGCUGGUCGUGAUUUGUCACCGGUGCCUCCCAAACCCGUUCCCUCCGCGCCGCGCCAGCGAGACUCCCUCGAUGGAGAGACAAUCUUUGCCGUUGGUGAAGAUGGGGACAAGUGGUCCGAUGAUGAAGAAGAGUCUCCACGCAACUCCGGUGAGAGGAAAAGACUCACUGGCAAGGACGAUUGAUUAAUGGGUGAUGUUUUGACGGGAUAACCGCGCGAGAGCGAUUGACACUUGAAGUGAUAUGUCUUUGUACUCAUAUUCGGGAACCAAAGGGCCUGUUCUGCUUGGGUUGGUGUUUAUUUGUUUAUGGCAAGGGAUACGUACAUCUUCACGUAAUUGGCACUCAAAACUGUUUUGAGCUGCACCUGUGGCACAAAAUGUAAAGAACAGCUAUCAUAACUAUAUGCGAAUAAAUAACGUAUGGAG